AUGUCUUUCCGCGUUGCAGACCGUCUUUCCAAAAUUGCCAUCCCGGCUGGUAUUGCUUUCACCUUGGCACAAUCGGCCAUGUAUGAUGUUCAGGGCGGACAGCGUGCAGUCAUUUUCGACCGUUUGAAUGGUGUUCAAACAGCAGUGAUUGGAGAAGGCACGCACUUUGUCAUUCCGUGGUUGCAAAAGCCCAUUCUCUUUGAUGUGAGAACAAAACCAAAGACCAUUGCUACCACUACAGGGUCGAAGGACUUGCAGAAUGUUUCUUUGACGUUGCGUGUUUUGCAUCGCCCGGAUGUCAUGCAACUUCCCCGGAUCUACCAGACGCUUGGCCUAGAUUACGAUGAGCGUGUUUUGCCUGCCAUUGGAAACGAAAUCUUGAAGAGUAUUGUGGCGCAGUUUGAUGCAGCCGAGCUUAUUACCCAAAGAGAAGUGGUGAGUGCCCGUAUCCGCCAGGAACUUUCCCGCAGAGCCAGCGAGUUCAACAUCCGUUUGGAGGACGUGUCCAUUACACACAUGACGUUCGGCAAGGAGUUCACCAAGGCUGUUGAGCAGAAGCAGAUUGCGCAGCAAGAUGCCGAAAGAGCAAAGUAUCUAGUGGAACGUGCAGAACAAGAGAGAAAAGCUGCAGUGAUUCGCGCAGAAGGUGAGGCUGAAGCCGCUGACACCGUCUCGAAAGCAUUAGCGAAGGCAGGUGACGGCUUGCUCAUGAUUCGUCGUUUGGAGGCGUCGAAGGAGAUUGCGCAGACUUUGGCAAACUCUCCAAGCGUGUCGUACUUGCCAUCAGGAAAAGCGGGCGAGGACUCGAAAAACUCAUUGUUGUUGAACGUGGGACGCUAA